AUGCGGUUCAUGUACGCUCUGUCAUUAUUGGUCCCGCUGGGCUGUUUCAAGCUCAGUCUGGCGGAAUUUGUCCUCACCAUGCCAUGGGUCGGCUUUGUAAGCUCUGGCAACUACUGGCAGGGUUAUGAGGGACGCGUGAUAAGUGAAAACGGGAACACGACGACGUACGCAAUCAACUGCCCUCCGGCAAGUGACAAAACUGCCUGUAUCAGGUUUGAUCCUGAUGCGACAUUGAUCGCUGCGCCCAGCUCCUACGACUUCAUCAUGAGCAACUAUGACCAGUAUACAAGCACCGGGUGCACUUUCACUGGCUCUCCCACGCCCACCACCGCCACUUGCUCGUACAGCCAGUCAUGGCAUAUUCGUUCUUCCACUGUGACCCGUGACAGAACAUAUGUUCUUCCUGGAACCGAAAUUCGGGAAAUAGUCUCUGCUACCUUGACUGUGGCAGGGACGGGUCCUUUUCCUACUGGCACCGCUGCGACUGCUACUGCAGCGACAACGACGGGUUCUACUACAGGUGGGACAGUAGCAGGGAGUUCUACCGCGAGCACGACGGCUUCUGGAAAUGCCGCAGGCAGAACAAUGGCGCCGAUGAUGCUGGUGGGUGCGGUGGUGGCCGGCAUGGCGGUGCGAGCAUAG